GCUCGGGGGGGGGCGGGGGCGGGGAGGGUCCCGGACGCCUGGGUUCCUUGCAGUGGGGGGGGCCGUCCCAGUCCCGUCUCAGCCGCCGCCGCCGCCGCUGCGCGACCAGGUCACCAUGGUGCCCCUGCUACUGCUGGUGCUGCUGUGUCCCACUGGGGCACUGGGGCUGGGGCUGGUGCCACCCUUUGAGCAACACGGCUUCCUGGACUUCUCGCUGGAUGAUGUACCGGCGCUGGGGCCAGGGGAUGAGGACGAGGCCUCGGGACUCUUCCCCACCUCGGGGGCCCCUGACCUGGGCCUGGAUGAGUUGGGGCUGCCUCCACCCUCAGGCCACUGCCCCUUUGGCUGCCACUGCCACCUGCGUGUGGUACAGUGCUCUGACCUGGGGCUGAAGGAGGUGCCCAAGGACCUGCCACCUGACACUACACUGCUGGACUUGCAGAACAACUUCAUCUCAGAGCUGCGGGCUGAUGCCUUCAAGGGGCUGGAGCAUCUCUAUGCACUGGUGCUGGUGAACAACCGGCUGUCACGGGUUGACCCCAAGGCCUGGACUCCACUGCGGCGCCUGCAGAAGCUCUACCUGUCCCGCAACCUCCUGACUCGGGUCCCAGCUCCGCUGCCUCCUGCUCUGGUGGAGCUGAGGAUCCAUGACAACAAGAUCCGCCGCGUGCCCAAGGCCGUGUUCCAUGGCUUACACCAAAUGAACUGCAUUGAGAUGGGGGGCAACCCCCUGGAGAACAGUGGCUUUGAGCCUGGAGCCUUUGAUGGCCUUCAGCUCAACUACCUGCGUAUCUCCGAGGCCCAGCUCACUGGCGUGCCCAAGGACCUGCCAGAGACACUGACAGAGCUGCACCUGGAUCACAACCAGAUUCAGGCCAUUGAAUUGGAAGACCUGAAGCGCUACAGCAAGCUUACCAGGCUGGGGCUGGGUCACAACCGAGUCCGUGGGGUGGAGAACGGCAGUCUGUCCUUUCUGCCGCUGCUGCGGGAGCUGCACCUGGAGCACAACAAGCUGCAGCGGGUGCCCCCCGGCCUUCCCAACCUGCGCCACCUCCAGGUGGUGUACCUCCAUGCCAACAACAUCUCAGCCGUGGGGCCCCACGACUUCUGCCCGCCAGGCUUUGGGGUGAAGCGCUCCCCCUACCAUGGGAUCAGCCUCUUUGGGAACCCACUGCCUGCCUGGGAGGUGCCACCCGCUGCCUUCCGCUGCGUCUCUGCCCCACUGGCUGUGCAGUUUGGCAACUACCGCAAAUAAAGGGCACCCCAAAUCUAGGGACACCCCCAUAACUAGGCAGAGAGAGAGCCAGGCAGGGGGCCUGGGGGGGCAGCAGGGUUAGGGAGAAGGGUGUGAGGCUAGUUUUGGGGGGCCAGGGGGAGUUUGGGGGGACAUUUGGGGUAGCUUUUGGGGUGUGGGGGCAGUUCCAGACCUGCCAGAGUCAUUUGGGGGGGUAUCAGCAGUUUUAGGGGCAGUGGGGAGUUUGGGGGUCAAGCAGUUAGUUUUAGCGGUGCAGGGGACUUAUAGGGCUUAUGGGGAGCUUUGGGGGGCAGUAGGUGGGUAUGGGGGUUUGGGGGAUGAUAUUGGGGUGCAGAGGGGUCUUGGGGGUCAGGUAGGAUUGGGGAUGGCAGGGAGCAGUAUUGGGAAGCAGCGGGAUGAAAGGGCACAGGGAAGGUUUGGGGGGGCAGGGUAAUUUAGAAGGCAGGGGCAGUUUUGGGCCGGUGAGUAGAUUUGGGGGUGUAUGGGAAAUUUGGGGUUCAAGGGGAUGUGGGUGCUAGGGGGAGAGUUUGGGGGCAGGGAUAGUUUCUGGAGGCCAGGGCUGAGUUAUGGGGACCAGGGGGUGGAUCUGGGGUCAUUUUGGCAGGCAGAUAUUGGGGUAUAGAAGCGGGGCAGGAGUGGGAGAGGCUCAUGGGGGAGUUCAGGGGUGAAAGGAAUGGAGCCUUUCUUAGAGUCCCCCCUCCCCUUCCCUGGGAUUUAGGUUCCCCCCAGCCCCCAACUUCUCCCUGUCAGGGUCACAUCAAAGCCUGGAGACAUAUGUAAAGCCUCUUCAACCCCUCUCCCUAGCGCCCCCCCCCCCCCAAAAAAAAAGGAGCAGAAAAAAUGGGGUUUUAUAUAUAAAAAAUAUAGAAUUUUGCUAUUUUUUGCCCAAAA